AGUCACACGCUUUCUGUGAUUCACUUUGUGUGGGUCUGUUUUAAAAUAGAAUGUAGCUUUUAUUCAAAGAGACUUAGUAAUUCAAUCACAAGAUGUUGUUAUGGCUAUAUGCACUAUGGGUUCGACGAUUUUCCGUUUUUGUAGCCUAUACUCGAGCGGAUGUAUUUUGCUUUCGCUUGGAGACUUAACUAUAGGCUAAUGCAGCAGGCUAUUUCAUUUGGUCAAAGAAAUAUUGAUCAUUGUGAUUUUAUGUGGAUAAAUCGGUCGUGUAUUUAAUAGCCGACAUUUAUAACACUGAUUAUCACAUUCUGAGGACGUUUUUCGUGAGGAAGAAAGUAUCUAUAGCAACAGAGAAAAAGAUGGGACGCUGGUUUGUGCUGAUCACUCUCUGCGUUUUGCUCGUUGAUGGUGUGUUUUGUGAUGAAAUGAUGACAGUGUCAGUGAUGGAUGGAGAUUCUGUUACUCUACACACUGGCGUUACCAAAAAACAACAUGAUAAGAUGCUGUGGUAUUUCAACGACACUCGUAUAGCUCUGAUCAACGGACAUCCCGACACGAGCUGCUUAUAUGAUGGAGAAGACGGGAGAUUCAGAGGCAGAGUUGAGGUGGACUAUGAGACCGGAUCUCUGACCAUCACCAACAUCAGAUCUGAACACACUGGACGUUAUGAAGCAGAACUGAUAAGGAGUGAAAGUUUAGGCAAAAGGCAAAGUUUAAACAGAAACCGCAAGUGUGACAGCACAAAAAUCACCAAAAAGUUUAGCAGCUCUCAUGAUGACACUAUAAAAACAUUCAGCGUGAUCAUCAGUGCUUCUUUGUCGGAUCAAGACGAAACUGAUGAAGAACCCCAUUUGGAGAAGCGGGAGUUGAACCUGAAUCCAGGUGUGUUUCCAGCUGUUGUCGCAGGAGUAAGUGCUGCUGUUCUGCUGCUGGGGUCUGCGGCUGCUGGAGUGAUUCACUAUCACCGCUCUAGAAAGGCAGACGGAGAGAAAAUCAAAAGACCUUACAAAGAACUGGAAAAAGAUGAGAAUAGAAAUACAGAUUGUGAGAUUUGACGGUGUAAAGCAGCCACUACAGCAUUAUUACUAAAUACAAUAUUAUUGAUCCGUGUUGUAUUAUUUUCAUGUUAUCACUG